GUUGUUGGUUGCUAAGCCCGAGUGACAUUUCUAUUUUUGUAAACGGGGAGAAGAAUAAUGGGAGGCGUUAGAAGUGGAAGGACAAGUGGCUGCACAUUCGAAGGUGUCACACCUGCAACUCCCGGAGCUUUUUCAUCACCAGCAGCAGCAGCGGCAGACAGGGGUGUGAGGGGAACAAUGGACUUCAACUCAUUCGUGGCAAUGUCUGCGCUCGCUGUGUUCUGCAUCUUGUUUCCAUGGCACAGAGCCCCCUUCUCAUGCGCUGAGCUCACCAGUAUUAUCCCGUGUGCUGAGGUUCUAAAGGGAGAUCCGGGAAUACCAGGAGAACAAGGGCCAGCAGGAGACGUUGGAUUGGAUGGAGCAAAAGGGCAAAAAGGGGACACUGGUGCCGUGGGUGAACAGGGGCCAAAAGGAGACAGCGGAAUGAACAUCUCAUCAAAUGUUGCAAAGAACUGCAAGGAGCUGCUCAAUCAGGGGACGAUAAUGAGUGGUUGGUACACAAUAUACCCAGACGGAAUGAGGCCCCUGAAAGUGCUGUGUGACAUGGAUAAAGAUGGAGGAGGCUGGAUAGUUUUCCAAAGACGCUAUGAUGGCUCAGUAGACUUCUACCUUGGCUGGGAUUCCUACAAGAAGGGGUUUGGCAGCCGCCUGACUGAGUUCUGGUUGGGGAAUGAUAAUCUCAGCAAUUUAACAUCAGCAGGAACGUGGGAACUGAGAGUCGAUCUGAGAGACUUCGAUAACAUAAAUUAUUAUGCAAAAUACUCGUCUUUCAGAGUUUUAUCAGAGUCUAACAAUUAUGCACUAAUAAUUGGUAAAUAUGUUGCUGGAGAUGCAGGAGAUUCCAUGAUUUAUUCCAAUACCUCAAAGUUUACCACAAAGGACCGGGACAAUGACGUGUAUGAUCUUAACUGCGCUAACAUCGACCAUGGAGCCUGGUGGUACAAGAGUUGCUACAAUGCCAACCUGAAUGGACUGUACCAUCUUGUGCAGGACUUUAAUAUACAAAGUAUCUGCUGGCUCACCGCUAAAAGUUAUUAUUCCUUCAAAUUCACUGAGAUGAAAAUGAGGCCUGUGUGAGGCUUCCGACUCACGGCUGAUUUGGUGCUAUGUGGGAUAUUGUGCAAUUUGGACACAUACAUAGAUGAUACAUUUUACGGAUCACAGAUUGUAUUGCGUUGAACAUAGUGACUGGUCAUCAACCAAUCAGAACGUGUGUAUUGCAGUAGUCAGUUCUAGGGCAAUAACUUUUCAAUGAGAUUGUUCAAAAUGCCCCACACACAGAACAAUGAUCUCGAGUUGCCCAUGAGCUAACUGGGUGAUCUGGUGGCUGUGUGUGCGUCCAUCUUAAAGGAGAACUAAAGCUUAACUAAAGGAGAAAUGUUGUACAUUAUGUUUUGUGCUUCUGUACCAGC